AGCUGUUUUGGCCCCAGGCAGCUCGAGGGACUGCGCGGAGGCAAGGGAAAUUCUGCACCACCGUUUCAGGGCAACAGUACAUUCCUCGCGCUUCCUGCGGCAGUGCGAUGUUCGGCUGCUGCUCCGACACGCGGACCACUGAUACCGAGGUCCCUCGGCUGGAUCCGGUCUCCGAAGACGAAGUGAAGAAGUCUUGGGCAAAACUACCGGAGACUUUCGAAGUGGAGGUUGCACACGCAAGUGGAACCAUUGGUCUGGACAUCGGUCACCACGAGUCAAAAUGUCUGAAGAUCAAGGGGGUCAAGGAUGGCAGUGUGGGCAAACAUAACAAGGCUCACCCAGAUAAGGCCUUGAAGGAGGGAGACUUCAUCAUGGCAGUGAACGGCGUGAAGGGCGUCUCUGCAGAUAUAUUGGCUGAGAUGAAGAAGAAACAGAAAACGAAGACACUGCAACUCCUAGUCAGCCGCGGUGCGCCAGUCGACGAACCAGUCGCCUGCAGGCUGAGGUGCGCUUGGACAGACGAAGGGACUUUUUACCUGAAUGCCGCAAACGACCCCCAACAAAUACAAUGAGUCAUACGAUAGUAUGUUGUGGAAGCCAGACUCCAACGUCAGUACGAGCGGAGCCUUCAAGUACCAGAACAAGUACAAGCCAGAUUUCUACUUGAACAUGGAAGGGGGGUCAGGUCUCUCCCAUUCGGUGGGCUUGACGACUGAUCCGCCUACCGACUUUUUGAGUGCACAGUGGGUUAUUGAACCUUUGGUUGCUAAUGGGGCUGGCAGUUUCAGGGUGCAAUGUGCGUGGACAGACGACGGGACCUUUUACCUGAAUGCCGCAAACGACCCCCAACGUCGCGAAGUGCAGUGCUACGUCUUCGACUCACAGUCUUCAACAUGGACCAGCAUGAAGUGGUGGGUUUAUGAUGCGGGUGAUGGCUACCAGAGGAUCCAGAACCAGUGGACCUAUAAGUAUCUGAAUUGGGUGCAGGAUGGCACUGGCGUGGCGCUGGACGACUAUAAUGAGUCAUACGAUAGUAUGUUGUGGAAGCCAGACUCCAACGUCAGUACGAGCGGAGCCUUCAAGUACCAGAACAAGUAUAAGCCAGAUUUCUACUUGAACAUGGAAGGGGGGUCAGGAUCUUCCCGCUCGGUGGGCUUGACGGCUGAUCCGCCUACCGACUUCUUGAGCGCACAGUGGCUUCUUCAGAAUGCCUGAGUGACGUAACAGCCCGGUGCGCAGAAGACGGUGCAAAGUUCUGCGGCACUUGGUGGAUAGUAGUGAAAUUUGUUCUCACCUCGCAAGCCGUGGCUGUGCAACAGCUUUCAGUUUUUAGCGAGCUGUCGCGCAGGACCGCAGCGCAUCCUUGCUUAGAAGACGUCCAUGGCGAGCCAAAUACCAAUGUAGUGAAAUCUCGAAUGACAGCACGGCCACGCUAGUGGACUGCAUAGCCCACUGCGUGUUGCUCGUCCGUGGAGCCGGCGGGACUGGCCGAAACCCACCUGCAGCUUCUUGGAAGGGCCAGCCGGAGCUGAACGUUGGCACGCCGGCUGUCCUCCGCAGAUGACAUCAUGCAGGGGCGGCGGGUGCAGGGAAUUUCGGCUCGCGUCACCACUGUGCCUGGACCGCUGGCCAGAAACAUGUUGUACGCCUCGUCGGGUCUCUCGGGGCCCGAAGAAUCAGGACAAUUCUGCAAUCAUGGUGGUCGGGACCCUUGACGCUCCUCUAAUCCUUGCAACAGCAUGAGCCUCAGGGGACUCCACUUCCUGUUGGAGGCACGGUGUCAGAUCUCUAUGGCUAGCCUGCACCAAAGCGUGGCAUCGCAGUGGCAUCAUGAAGUGAUUUCCCGAACCGCUCCUGUCCUUGACAGCAAAGCUCUGUCUCGAAUGGGCAAGUGAUGCGGCCUGCUGGACUUGAGAGUCUUCGGCUUUCCAUGUGUGAUCGUUUAACUUGGCUUGGUGCGAGGACUGCGGCCCUGGUGCUCGAAAGUCUUAGUCGAAAGUCUCAGUGAUUUUCCAGUGGCUCUCCAGCAUGAGACUGAGUCGGAAGUUUGUGAGAUCCGGGCUUUCAGUUUUUUGUCUACAUGGCACGAAUACCACGGCUGGUGGCACGACACCGCGAGACGACGUCACGACAUCGCUGAAAAGCACAGUGCGUACUAGUACGCGGCGAUUUCGCAAGGUUUACUAUGUAGUACUUCUCCGGAAGUUGCGGUAGCACCUCCCACCAACACCCCAGCAGUCCAGAUAAUUCCGAGUUGCGCCUGGAUGAUUCUCACAUUGCUCUGCCGCGCGUCUCCUGUUCCGGGCGUUGAUAGGAUACGUAGCAACGCCUUCUUGUGGCACGGCCAUGGCGUUGCAGGAUUGCCGCGAUGCCACUUGUGUGGCCGUUUCGAGGCCUCCUGGAGGCCUUGCGGGUCCUGGGG